AUGGCCGCCGCAAGCCACAUGCACAACCUUACGACGCUGAUCAAGCGACUCGAAGCCGCCACCUCGCGCCUCGAAGAUAUUGCCACGUCGACCGAGCUCCCCAAGGACGUCGGUGCCCUCGCCCUGCCCGGCGGUUCCUCCUCUGCCGCCCUGACCCCCGAUGCCUCCUCCUCCGCCGCCACGCCCCGCUCCGCACCCCAGCCGCCCGUCCCCGAGGAGCUGCCCGAGUCCAUUGACGACUUUGACGCCUUUGUCGACUCGGCCGUCGCCGACUACGUCAGGCGCAGCAAUGACAUUGGUGGCCUCGUUGCCCGCCAGGCCGCCGACGUGCUGGCCGGUUUCCGUGCCCAGCGCAAGUUCCUGCUCAUCACCACAAAGGCUGUCCGCCCGGACAUACAGGGCGCCGACAUGGCCCUCUACCAGGACCUCCUCAAGCCCAUCAACGACUCCCUCAUGGCUGUCACCGAGCUCAAGGAGGCCAACCGCUCCGAUCCCUUGUACACCCAGCUGAGCGCCGUUGCCGAUGGCAUCAUGGUCCUCGCCUGGGUCACCGUCAGCCACAAGCCCUUUACCCACGUCGAGGAGUUCCUCGGGUCCGCCCAAUUCUUUGGCAACCGCGUCAUCAAGGAAUACAAGGACAAAGAUCCCAAGCAGGUCGAAUGGAUCCAGUCGUUUUACCAAAUAUUCAAGCAACUCCGCGACUAUGUCAAGCAGUACUUUGCCACUGGCAUUCCGUGGAACCCCAAGGGCGAGCCGGCAGCUGCGGUGGUCAAGGCCCUCGACUCGGCCCCUAACAGCGCCGCGCCUGCGCCUCCGACGCGCUCCGCUGGUGGUCCUCCCCCUCCUCCACCACCCCCUGGCCCUGCGCCGGUCCUCGAUGUCAAGACCGAGAAUGUCGCGCCAGCCGCGCCUGCUCCCACUGGCGGUCUCGGGGCCGUCUUCUCGGAGCUCAACAAGGGUGAUGCUGUCACCAAGGGCCUGCGCAAGGUCGACAAAUCUCAGAUGACACAUAAGAACCCGGCCCUGCGUACCGACACGAAGGUCCCCAGCAGCGGCGAUCGCCCCAGGAGCCCUGCGCCGGGCAAGAAGCCCAAGCCUGAAAGCAUGCGCAUGAAGAAGCCCCCAAAGAAGAUACUCGAAGGCAACAAGUGGAUCAUCGAAAACUACGAAAAGGAACCCCAGCCCAUUGAGAUCCAGGCGGAGCUGAACCACUCGAUCCUCAUCAGCCGCUGCCACAACACAACCAUCAUUGUCCGCGGCAAGGCCAAUCAGGUGACGGUGGAAAACGCGAGCCGCCUGUCGCUCGUCGUGGACACGCUCGUGUCCACGGUCGACGUGGUCAAGGCGCAAAAUUUUGCCCUGCAGGUCCUGGGGACCAUCCCGACGGUCAUGAUGGACCAGGUCGACAGUGCGCAGAUUUACUUUAGCAAGGCAAGCACCGGCACGCAAAUCUUUCACAGCAAGUCGGACGGCAUCAACCUCAACGUCAUUGCUCCCGGGCCCGACGAAGACUACAAGGAGGUGCCCCUGCCGUCGCAGAUGUGCACGUACUACGACGCCGAAAAGGGUGACUUGGUCAAUGAGAUUGUGGCCCAUGCUGGCUAA